UUUGGCGUCGCGUUACGACUGACGUCUAGAAAUACCGAAUACGUGAUAAUAGUGAUAUAAUAAUAGUUUUUAUAUAUUAUCAUUACUAUUGCGUUUUUUUUUUCUGAUUAGAAUACUAAUAGCAUAAAUAACAAUAAAAACCGAGGAGGCGGUAACAUACUUUAAAAAUAGUGACGACCUUAAUAAGUGCAUGCGAGGGCAUUGCCGUUGCCGCCUUGGUCACCGGUGCCAAAAAAGUAAAUUACAAAUAAAAGAAAUCUGCUUUGGCGAUUAUCGCCGGGCGUGCGGCGACAACGGUUCAGACUGGUGGCGAAAACUCGAAAAAUCAAAAACCAGUAAACCCUUUAGGGCUACACGCUAGUAGUAUCGUCCGAAAGCGUUGUCAAUACACUGCCUUUUGUUCUCGGAGCUGCUCUCUUUCUCAGUUCGACCAUUUAUUGACCUAACCCGUGAAAAUGUGCGACCAAAAGCUACCAACCAUAUGGAUUUUGGGAGGACCGGGCAGUGGAAAAGGAACUUUGUGUGACAGAAUUGUUGCUAAAUACGGAUUUACGCAUAUCUCCACCGGGGAUCUGCUCAGGGACGAAGUGAACACAGGAUCGGCUCGCGGACAGGAACUAGUGAAAAUCAUGAAAGAAGGAGCUCUAGUGCCUACCAGCGUUGUUAUGGAGUUGCUUAAAGAAAAAAUCGCUAGCAAAUUAGAGUCUUCAAAAGGAUUCUUGAUCGACGGUUACCCGCGGGAAAAGCAACAAGGAGAAGAAUUCGAAAAAACCAUUGGACCGGUGGACAUGGUGUUAUAUUUGAAGUCGGAUGACGAUACGAUGGUGGCAAGACUUUUGAAGCGGGCAGAGACCAGCGGACGGUCGGACGACAACUUGGAGACAAUAAAAAAGCGGUUGGAAACGUUCCACGCCAAUAACGAUCCCAUCAUCGAGGCAUACCAAUCCAAGACUGUCAUCAUAUCGGCACAGCAGACGGCCGAAGCAGUAUUUGCAGAGGCUGAAACGUAUCUAGAUAGUCUCCAAUAAACAGUUUAAGAAAAGAAAAGAAAAACAAUAAAUCGCCAGAACAAUAGGCAAUCGUCGUGCUCAAAACACAAGUCAUUAGGUACACCGUGCGCAGAAAUCAACAUAAUAUAUUUAUUUAAAUAAUAAUAAAGUAAUCACAAAUUCAUUUAGUCCCAAGCCAUACAUUAAUUUAUGCCAAUAAAAAUAAAAUAAUAAUGUACCGAAUGCGGACUCGGAGACAAUCUAGAUUAUAUAAUAAUUGUAUAACCUAGUCAAUCACAAAACAUUAAACUUUAUUAAUUUAUUUUAUUUAAGCAAUAAUACGGAAUACCUGCCUGCAAUUUAUUUAUUCAGCAAAACAGAACAUAUUUUAUAAGCUAUAGAUAAUUUUGAUUUACUAGAGUCGGGUUGCAUGAAACUGGUCAUUAAAUUUAUUUAGUGACAAGAUUUCUUGACGUCGAGCUUUGAUUCAUCAUUUAACUAUCUAUAUGUUUAUGAUAUUACUUAUUAUUGUUAAAUUCCUAUUAGCUAGUAAAUUAUUAAGUCAAAAACCAUGACAUUUGUUGUUUAUUU